AUGGCCAAUCUGCCAAUCCCCGACCUCAGCGAAAGGUUUACACUGGCACAGAGUUUGGAGAAUCUUCACCAGGCUUCCGAGGUCGAGCAACUGGAGUUCGUGCAGCUGGUGGUUCAAGAGUCGCAGAGUUACCGCGGAUUUCGCCAUCAUGCGGCCUCCACACAACGAAAGCAAGACCAUCACCUGGACAUGUACACGCAGUGGAUGCUGUUCAAAUUCAAAAUGGCCCGGGCUGACUUGAGCGAUGAUGACCUCUCUGACCUACUAUUUCCCUUGAACGAUCACAAGCGGAUGUUCGAGGAGUUCCGUCAAUUUCUCAUCGUCGUCUACCACAAGACGAGGCCACGCAGCAGCAUGACCGGAGAGCGAAUCAUGUACAGCACGCUGUGUACAUACCGCGACUCAUUGAUGUUCUGGACAAAGCGAACCUUUCGGAUGCGCAAUCAGAUUCCUCCCCCCGCAUCGGCAAUGUACUAUUGGAUGACUGAAGUGAUGCGCGGUGUUCUGGCCAGCUAUCCAGGCGCCGGAAAAUCUGUGCCCAAGUCCUACCUGGGUCUCCCAGAGCUGCGCCAACUGUUCGACCUGGAGAUGAUCUACAAUAGGUCCAUCGAGUUCUGCGAGCAGCACUGGGCGGCGUGGACUAUUGCCAGAGCAACAGCCUGUCGCCCUGGCAGCAUUUGCGCUUCACACGACGCCAGGGACCCGGGCUUGAAGUGGUCAGACCUGGAUAUCCGAGUGGGAGAUGAACCUGGCAAGUUCGCACUCACGAUUCGCUUCCAGAACAUCCAGAUCAAGCGAGCUGCAGAUCCCGAGAAAGCACUGGGGGUAGGCGAUACCUUUCUUCACGUCUAUCUGGACUCGCCUCAACCCAGCAACCUCAUUUUCUCGCCAGUCCACCGGCUCCUCGUGAUUGCUCUGCGACGUGGCCUUAUUGAAGGUGUGGAGAGUCUGGAUGACCUGCUCAAACUCAGACGGCACAACAUUACGUUCAAGGAGAGCGCUCGCGACCAACCGCUGUUCUUUGCGAGCCCGAACAGAGGCCUCGGCAUCGAUUUCUCCCGGCCGCUCAGCUCGGCGUCACUCUCAGCCUACCUCAAAUCGCGUGCAUAUCGUGCGGGGUGGGUGUUCAAAGUCAUGGGCUUCAAUUGUAUCCGUCGGCGGGCCCUUACCGACGUUGUCUCACGUGUUGGCUUGGCUGCCGCCCGUCGUCUUGCUGGCCACUCCCCUGAAACCUGUACACUUGAGAAAUAUUACAUAUACCUGGAACCAACGAUCGACCAAAUUGGCGUGAUGACGGAGCAGCCUGUUGAUGCGCGAGGUUUCUCGGAUGCGCAUAGGAAACGUUGGGCACCUUUGGUUAUGGGCAGGAUUGAGGAUGAACGAAUUCAACGUACUCGCGGCACUGCGUUGCGAAAGAUGACGGACCGGCUCGUUCUGGCUGACGAGAACCCUCCCGAAGAAUAUGCGACUGACCCUGGCGUCCGCAAACGCUAUCGGGCACGUCUGUCCCGGAUUGCCCACCAAGCACUUCUCCAGCAUGAGCAGGCCGAGUCCAAGCGGGAAAUGACGACGGAAGAGUUCAACAGACGACAGCAAUCUCUCGAGGCCUCCAACUUUGCUGAUCAUGUGCUCCAGCGCGCGCUCGAGUUACGGGACGAACAGAGUGAUGCUGUUGCCGUGGCUAGUGCCAAUGAUGAUGACGAUGAUAUCGAGGAUGCUGAUCAAGACGAAGACGAAGACGAAGCCGGUCAAGAAAAUCCUGAACAAGAUCUGGAGGAGAGUGGGGAGUCAGAUGAUUCGAACGUUGUCCGGGUCGAACCAGAAGCCGAGAUGGGGGAAGAAGCAGACAACAGCAGCACACAAGCCCAGGAUGUCUCUUAUGAGUACAUGGCGAGAGCCUUCAUGGAAGUAUUACUAGACAAUUCGUACAACCAGUACACGAUGUGGUCUGAGCGAAUCAAGACAUGCCCGGAGUGCCAGGGUGACGAAACUGUGUCGGAGGACAAGAAGGCUCAGGAGUAUCAGAGUGAAAUUCAUCUGAACAAUCAUCUCGAGGGCAACUUUCACAGCGCGCAAAGCACGUUCAGACGAGCCGCGGCAAUUCGCCGGGCCAGCCAUCCCGACAACCUUUUUGUAUGCCCGUAUUGCGAGGAGGCUGUCGAUGACCGCGAAAAAUUCUUCAGAGCCAUGGAUGCCCAGUACCCAGGCAUUACGACAUUCAGCGAAAUCAGCGAGCUCUUCUACCAUAUCAGCCACAGCAACGACCAGACCGACGGACCCAAACACGAUGAGCUUAAAGAACUUGGAGGCUGGUACGAAUCCGAUUUCUAUCCCACGACCAGCACGGAGACCACUCUCAAGGCACGGCAGCUUUCACACAAGAACCUCAAGGCCAUGGGUGUCCAAAUCAUCGAACAGCGUCAAGUCAUCGCCGGUGCAGAACAAUACGACAGCUUUCCUGGCAUUGUCAAAGGCUCGCAUGAUGGCGUGCCUCCGAGAUUCGUCAGCUCGGUGCGAUCGGGCGCGCCAAACGAGAUCCCAAGCAAGUUCGCAGGCAUUGUCGUCCGAGGGUUACAAGCGACACAGCCGGUGCCGGAUGCCUUCAGGUCGAACGUCGUGAGCAGCAAAGCACCGGCGCGCAGGAGCCGAGAGAUGUUGCCGCCGCAGGUGAGUCGAAGCGGCAUCCGUGUCACAAGUGCCGUCAGUGCUGGGUCAGAGGAAACAGGACGCCGACAGGACGCCGUGAUGAUAUCCUCCGGCGAGGAAGACUCCGAUGAAGAGGAAGCUGACGAGAUGGAGAUUGAUGGGUAG